AUGACAUCCAUCGACCAGAUCCUCAACAAGGAGGCCCCACCGUUCAUCGGACGGGCCAUCGAUACCCUCAAGGCAUCUGGAAUACAUGUCGGUACAUACCAGAUUGACCAUAUUUGCUAUCGAACGGGGACAUUAGAAGAGUACACCGAGUUGAAAACCCAACUCGAAGCCAUUGGACAUGUCCUCACGGAAGGGAUCAUUGGCGGGCGCCCCAUCGCAACCUACAAAUUACACCCAGAACAUGCUAUAAAGCUAGUCGACGGCACACAUCCCAUUCAGCAACACUUGGACGUUGUGGAACUCCCGUCACCAAAACCAGGACGCCCUUACCCAUCCGGUCUAGAGCACAUUGAAAUCGUUGUGGAUAAUAUGUCAUUGGAGGAGUUUGCUGCUUUGUAUCCAGAUAUCAAGUGGGAUUGGAGGGCGAUGGGCAAGACGGUCAAUAGGGAUUUGAAAGUCGACUUUGGAGGAUUUUCUGUAAAGUUUCAUGAGAGGCCGUUGGAGGUUGUCAUUCAGAUGGAGAAGGAGGGCAGGCUCUAG